AUGGACUCCUUCACAAACAACACAUACGAAGUCUUCGCAUUAAUCCCGCUAGAGCAUCCAGACUGGGCUAUGGUAGCUACAAGCGAAUUCAUCGAUUUUUCGGACCUAAGCACGGAGGCCAAUCCUAUCUUGAUCGAAGACGAUCCUGCUCCACUAGGCUCGGAAUCCAAUCCUAUCGUGUUCCACGUCGAAGAGGAUCGUAGCUAUUCUGAGACUAAGCGGCUUGGUUCUGAUGGAGACACUGAAAUCAUCUCAGAGUCUUUAUGGGAGCGAUUCGUUGGCAUAGCUGGCCGUUCGACCCCUAUCCCAGUGCCGACUCAAUUAUCGGCCUGCAAAGAUCCGGAAGAGCCGCAAGCGUCCGGGCAAUCAUCCGCAAAUCACCUCCACUUGGACGGCCAAAACCUGGAAAUGGCCGGGAAUCGUUUCCAUGUCGAGCGCAGCCCUAGUCACGAGUAUGGAAAGGGCAAAGAUGCAAACCAGCGAAGGAGCGAGCAAGUGAAAGCAGAGAACCCCGCGAAAAUUCUUGGCUUGCUUGAAACCGUGGUUCCCAGCGACUCAGUGGGAUCAAAGAAACGCAAAUCAUUACAGGGCGAAGGAAGUAAGGUCAGACGAUCAGAUCGCUUGGUGAAAAGGGCUAUGCACUAA